AUGACUUCGGUCGCGCAAGAGCCGGAGCUUUCUCAUUGUGACUACGGCGUCCUCGACGAACAAGCUGCAUUGAGCAAGGAUACGCUGGAGAAAGUCGAUCGCGAACUCGGAAAUGUCAACAAGAGGGUCGAGAAACGUCCAGGGCCCGAGACUAUCGGACGGGGCAUAGAGGUGUUGGGGAUGAAGCUCCAGGACAGUGAUCGAAAGAUCGCUGAAGCGCCCACCAAGUUACCCAGCUUCGACGACACCGUAAGCCUCAAAGACGCGGUCGCUCGGCUGGUCGAGUUGUGCACUGGCAAAGAAGGUUUCCACGAGACCAAGGUUGGCAUUGACAGUCUGAAAUCCUCUGUCAACUCAUAUCUUCGAGACAACGAGGCCAAAGAGACAGCAAGGGAGACACAAGUGUUGCUCGAGACUCAGGUCCGCGAUCUGCAGGCACACGUCAAGCGCCUCCAGAACGAAAUAGACGUUGGACAGUUGUACAAGCAGGACAUGGACCACGCAAACUUCCGGCUCGGUGUCAUGACUCAAAAGCACAGCCAGGCGACCAAAGACAACGAAAGGGCACAACAGGACCUCGAAGCUGCAAUCUCGACAUGCAAACAACAAAACACAAAACUGACCGCCGACCUGAUCAAAGAAAGGACUGCCACUCAAGCCGUCCAAGUUGAACGUGCCCGUCUGGAAACAGACGUCAAACAUCUCGAGGAGCACAAGAGCGGCUCUGAGUCAACGAAGCAGCUGUUAGCUCGCGAGCUGAACCGCUUGACAAAAGACAAUGAGUCCUUGGCCAAGCGGUGCUCAUCUCUGGAGGCCACGGUCGAGUCGCUCAGGACUCGCAACGACGGCUCCGUGGAAACGAUCAAGAAGCGACACAAAGAGCUGGUGCAAGCAUUGAAAGCAGAAGCAGCACGCAGCAGCGAGAUUUCGGAUGUGCGCAACGAACUCAACCACUUGAAGGAGGCCAAAGACAGAGAUUCGGCUGUGAUGGAUCAGGUGACCGAAGAGCUGAAUGAAGCCAAGAAAACCAAGAUGAUGGACGACCGCGAACUGUCAUCGUUACGUGAAGAGUGCAGCAAGCUGAAACAGAACAAAGUAAUCGAUGUGGCAACAACUGGCCGGACCGCCGAAGAGCUGACAGACGCGAUGAUUGCCAAGGCAGCCAUCGAGCGCCAACUCUCUUCACUGCAGACCGAAGUCACGGAGUUGAGGAAGUUCAAAGCAGACGCAGAAUCUCGGAUGACGAAUGCCACCAACACAACCACUGCAGAGAACGAACGCGCCAGUGUUGCCGACAAUCAAGCUGAGCAGGAUUUCUCGAGAAUUCGGGCUCUCGAGGCUGAGACGGGCGAUUUGCGCCAAGAUAAGCAGCGGCUCGCGACUGAACUCUCAACUGCAAACGAGAGAAACUCGCAGCUUCGGAUCGACAUUAAAUGCAGCUUGGCUGAAACAAAGGCAGCCCAUACCAGGAUUGAGAGUCUCAAGGGAGAGGCCACGCAUCUCAGGCUGGACAAGGCCAAUCUGGAGCAGCAGGUGGCAGACGCCGAGAGCAGAAAUGCCCAGGCAGAUGCUAAGAUCGAAAUUCUUAAGGAAGAUGCCGCGCAUCUCAGACGAGAAAAGUCUAGCCUAGAGCAGCGAGCGGCAUCCGUCGAGAUCAGAAACGCCCUGAUGUGUAAUUUCCAGUGCCCCAGAGACAUCGACACCAAACUUGACGCGAUGCUCGAGUCCUGUGAAAGGGUCAGGUUGCAGGUAGACGCCCUCUCGAGGAAGCAGCUCGCAACGGACCUCGACAACGACUCUGGAGCCAACACGAAGCCGCCGGAUUCCCGCAAGAGGAGACUGCCGCAGUCAGAUGGGGCAGAUGAAGACCAGAUAAUCUACGAGAAUGAGGAAGCCGACGAGACUGAGGAAGUCGACGAGGACGAGCGUGUGGAAUAUUCUGAGGAAGUCAACGAGACUGAGGAAGUCGACGAGGACGAUUUUCUUCUGGACUAUUCUGAGCACCUUCACAAUUGGACUGAGUUCUGCAACGAGAAGAUUAAGUGCUACCCUAAGGAUAUUGAGGCUAACCGGCGACUGUUGGACUUGAAAGUCUACAAUGAUGGAAAGCACAUGGCGAUGUCUCUUAUCUAUGAGAAAAUCUUGCCCAUCGCCAAGCGAUCGCAUCUCUGGGAGCGAAUGAGAGACUUUAUUGAUAUCACAGAGCCCAAUGAGAUCUACUGCGCCUUUGAGAUGGUGGACCAGGAGAACUGUUACAAGCCGGAGCGGCUUAACACUAGAAAGUCCAAGUGCGACUACCACAACGCAAAAGACCAGCUCUGUUUCAGGGUCACAUGCAUCCUCAAGGAUGGCGAGAAGCAGUUCAUCAUUGGCGAGAAGAAGCACAACUUUGGCUGA